GAAGUAGAGAGUUAAGGGGGCAGGUAAGUGGAAAUAUUGAAAUGAGUACUUCAUUUCUGAUUCAAUACCUUUCCUACCUCACUUGUGGAAAAGGCUAUUUAAAGUGAGCUCUUCUGAUCAAAAUUUGUCCGUUUCCUGUUCUUAACUUUUCAUAUUAAUUUCAACCAAAUUUUGUACAACAUAUUCUUAGAGAAAGGGUUUUUAAACAUUCCUAGCACAGACAAUACAAUUCGGCGGGGUAUAUUAAAAAUGGUUUUGAGAGCAAAAGCUGUUAUCUAACGUACAAAGAGAAUAGGUUGAUAUAACGAAUUACCUCAUACUGCUUAUGUUUUAUUAAAACUAAAACAGUUACUUCAUGAGUAUUUCCUUAUAUAUAUUCCUUAAAUAUAUUCAUAGCUGGGUUUUCCAACGCCUUAUUUGGAAAAUCUGAUGCAAUGAAAUAGAGAUAAGAUAAAACUCCUUACUUAAUCAGAUUAUUUCAGAUAGUUUCAUUUUUAACAAGGAUAUUUGUGGUCCAUUAUAACUCAUUAUUCAUUCAAAAUCAAAACUGUUUUUAUUGAGAGAUUGAUAGACGCUGCUCUAUGAAUUAGUUACAGAAUGGAUGACAUUCCCCGUGUAUCAGACGUCCUAUAUGUGGGUCUGUGCCAUGAGAUAGGGACACCGACAGAAGUGACUGUUAGAAAAGACGCGAAGGGCAUGGAAGGAAUCAUGAAUAAACCUGUACUGACAUAUAGAGGAGAGAUAAUUAUCUUAAGUGGUAGUUAUAGGGAGGGAUUCAGGUUUCAAUCAUCGGACAGGGACGUCAUGCACUGGUAUUGUCACCAUAAACUAAUUACCGAUAUCUCACAGGCCAGGCUUUACGAUAGAACAAAACACGACAUUAUACUGAUGGAGGACAGUGAUACACCGCCUGGGUUUGUGAGACUACAGCUUCUGACAUCCCCUAAAGACGAAUUAAUUGCAUCAUUAGGGGUUCCAGUCAAUGGCAGAGUUUAUAUCGCUAGUUUGCUAUGGCAACAAGAAGAGCUCGAUCAAGUUAAUGAUUUCAAAGGUCACGAGAGAGUCACUAGUCACGGUCCUUGCGCUAAUGCUUAUAUAGAAUCUCGCGAAGUUGAUUAUGCUCUUUGUAUUUCGGGAACACAUUGGCCUGCAUUGACACAACCAUGGAUUGAAAGAUGUCUAUUGCAUACUUGGCCUCCUGCACCUGAGCUUCAAGAAAUUUUAGAAAAUGGAUAUCACUGUGUGCCCAUAGCAAGUAAAAUUGUUUCAAGUGGAAACCUAUUAGAGUGGAGAUUGUCGUUUUCUCUAGCCGAACAGAAACUUGUGUCUACCAUGAAUCAUACACAAUUUCUGGUUUACGGACUUCUGAAAAUAUUUCUAAAGGAGAUAGUCAAUGAUGGCGUAGAGGAACCAUUGCUAUGUUCUUAUUUCCUGAAAACCACCGUAUUCUGGAUGAUACGGGAGGGAUCUGUUGAGUGGAGCCCUAACAAUUUACUGAAUUGUUUCUGGAAGUGCUUCAAAUAUCUCAUUGGCUGUGUUUAUCGUGGUGUAUUCCCGAAUUUUUUUAUUCCACAGAACAAUAUGUUUAUUAACAAAGUGACGGGUAGUCCAGGCGAAGCCCUCUAUGAACAGCUUGAUCAGUAUUACAGAAUGGGUGUGUCCUGUCUGCUGCUUAGCCCAACCCUCAGAUCAAUCCUAGAGCCAACCCUCAAGUGUCCAACAUUUGCGAUUCCCUCAGUUGAAGGACAUAUCAAAGCUGUGGUGGAUAUCGAUACGGUUAUCUACAGUGAAAUGUUUAUUCUUACUCCGAAUAUCAAACAUCCUAGCUGCCAUUUCAUACUUUUGAUGACAUUAGAAAGAUUAACACAGUUAUCACAUUCACCCUAUCAAACAUUAGCAUUGCAAUUUUUUACAGCUGAGGUUCUCGUUCACACGGCUCUCAUAAUGGUAAACAGUACUUUGUACAAGACAUGUAGAAAUGUGUACAAGCUAGACAAAAUUGUCUGCAACAUGUUGAAACUGGCAUCAAGGAUAGGCCCUGUGUCAUAUUCACUGUAUCUCGCCCUGUAUUACUAUAGAACAGGUAGAUAUAACGAAGUACUCCGCGUGACUUAUCUCGCAAAACAAAGACUAUCACAGCCCUAUAUCAUGUAUAGCGGUGAUGUAGACAGACAGAGAUACAGUGAGGCUGUAGGUAGUCUGUCUCUGUCUCAGAAAAUGAAAACAGCCUGGGUAGACAAUGUGAAGUUAAAAUAUGAAGUCCACUAUAUUGAUGAAUUCAUCUUAGAACAGGAAAUGAGUUACCAAAACGAUGAACCUGCUUUAUACAUUUCCCCCUUUGUGUUGACAGACAUGCUAUUGGUGUUAUCUCACUACAGACUAGGUGAUAUAUCCCAGUGUCUACAGUCACUGACAGACCUACAGACCCUGCUGCGUUAUGAUGAUGGCAUAUAUGUACCGUUACACUUCAGGGAUCUGGCCUGGCAGAUACUGGGGAUCUGUCAGCAUGUUGUGGGGGACUUACACGGGGCGUUACACUCUUAUCGAAAAUCACUCAGACAACGAAAAUUCCACAAAAUACAGACAGCUACAAAAAAUAGAAUAGUGUUUGUUAAACGUGAGUUACACAGAGAUGGGCAGUCAUAAACACUAUAUUUACUGCUAUAAGCUUUAGGGACAUGUCGGAAGAAAUAAACAGCCUGUGUUUUAUUGCGACCCUGUUCUACUCAUAGAGAUAAUCUACCUAUUAACAAAAUCUAAGUCUCAUACCAAAACAAAUGUCAAAAUAUGUGAGAGUACGGCAUUAUAUAUUAUCAGAAGUCCCUCAUGGCCAUGAGAGUACGGUAUUCAAGUGAUGUACUGACAGAUUUUUUUUCCAGCUAUGUGAAUUUCAAUUGUUUAAGAUUCUGUAGUCGUUCUUAUAUUGAAUAUUGUAAUGAGCUUACUUUCUGUAAUGUUACAGUCUUAAACCAGAUAGAUAGAAGAUACCACCAUGUAUUGUGUUUCACGUUGCUUAUGUAAAUAAAAGUGAAGACUUGUUCAUUGACAGUCUUUGACACAGUUGUAAUGAAUGUGUUACAAUAUUAAGAUGUUACAAAAAUGGUCGAAUCAAUAAAGUGAAUUUACACAUAAAGACUG